CAGAGGCACGGUUGGGGGCCGGGACCCGGCGGGCUUCGAGCGGCGGCGGCUGGGGGUAUUCGGCGGAUGUCUCGGCUCAACGGGGUCCCGUGGCCUUUGUCCUGCUUUGGGGGGCAGCCAGCCUCAGGCCUUGGGGGUCAGGGCGCCCUUGGCUUGGGGUGAGGGGGUGACAAGCCGAGGCGCCUGUGUUCAGGUUGGCACUACGCUCGGGUCACCUUUCCCUGCGCGCGGAGAAAACCCUCCGCAGCCUUUGCAGUGGGGCCGAGAGGGGGCCGAGGUCACAUCCCACCUCGGUGCCCCCGCCCCAUUUCCUUCUGGAAUCCUGACGUUGAGGCGGGAGGGACCGGACCGACAGACCGCGGGAAGGACGGAACUCCCUCCGGGAGUGCGGGCAGGAAAUGGGCGGAGCCUGCCUGGCCUGGGCAGGUGCGGUGCAAGCGGAGGUGUCCGGCGGGUUCCCCCGGCUGCCGCGCGCUUUUGCACCAGCCCCGCCGCUGCAGGCCCUGCAAAGCCCGGAGACCACGGUGCCUGUCCGCUGGAAGGCGCGGCCUUAGAAUAAAUCUUUUCCCACAGCAGUAGGGGCUACCUCGGGGCGGUGGCCCACUGACCACACCCUCUGCUGACCCUAGACCUCAAAUUUGGAGUCACCAGGGGUCCUGUUCCUGAAAGUUGCAAGAAUGGGGGAGGAAGGUGUUAAGUCUCUUAAGUCUUACAGGGGUGGGAGGACGGGGGAGUGGGAUGUGGUUUUCCCCUGAUACUCAGACCUCCUAGAUACAUACAUCCUCAACCCCUGCCCUGGGUGUGGAGUGGGUGGCUGAGUCUGGAGCCGGGAGGGUCUCUCACUCUAGGGUGGAUGGGGUGAGGGCCCUAGCAUGGGAACCUCACCUACCCUGCUGAAGUCCUGGGUGCUGUAAAGACGGGCAGGCCUUCUGUCUCCCCACAGGCUCUGUUCACUUGCAGACACCAUACAGAGCCUUCAUUCAUUCAUUCAUCCACAAUGAAUGUGGGGUGCCCCUAUGUAACAGACCUGGAUCAAGACACCUGCCUCCCAGACUCAGGUCAGCAGUGCCCCCAGAGAUGAUGAUAAAGCUCAGAUGAGAUGCUUUAAUGCAGUUACUGCAGGAAGAGGGAGCACAGAGCAUCACUGUGGGUCCCCAAGCAAUGGCUGCACCCCACAUACCUGUGCUGACCUGCCCAUAUCGAAUGGGUACCCACCAUUCAUGUGGCCGGUGUUUUCCCAGGCCUGCAGGCCCUGUGGGAGGCAGCACAGCUGGAGAGCCCAGCGCAUGUUUGUGGAGUGAGCCCUGCUUGUCGGUUGGCCCAGAGUUCAGGCUGUCAAUGAGUCAUAAUCACUUCUGCCAGACCCUCCUGGAGCACACGGUGUCAGCUGAGAGCAUCCCCUGCCACUUGCCUGGGACACCUGGCACCAGCCUCACAUGGCAUGACUCCCGCAGCCAGAGGGCGGCCAGCAGCAGGCCAAUCAAGCUCCUGCAGCAGCCCGGCACAGAGACCCCCCAGGGCCGGCUGUACUCUGAUCACUAUGGCAUGUACCACACAAGCCCCUCGCUGGGCGGCCUGACCCGGCCCGUGGUCCUGUGGAGUCAGCAGGACGUCUGCAAGUGGCUCAAGAAGCACUGUCCCCACAACUACCUCGUCUACGUGGAGGCCUUCUCCCAGCAUGCCAUCACCGGCCGGGCACUGCUGCGGCUGAAUGCAGAGAAGCUGCAGCGGAUGGGGCUGGCCCAGGAGGCCCAGAGACAGGAGGUGCUGCAGCAGGUGCUCCGCCUGCAGGUGCGUGAGGAGGGGCGGAGCCUGCAGCUGCUCAGCCAAGCUUCCUUUGGGAAAAUGUCCUAGCUGCUGCUGAGGCUUGAACCCAGACCCCAGCACUGUGACGGGAGUCCACGGCGAGGGAGGAGGCAGAGCUGGCCCCGCAGCCCCUCUUGGACCCUGCAGGAUGCCGGGGUGGCCAGGCUGGCCCAACGGACAGAGAGGACCAGGAUCACCACCUCCCGGCGCCUCUGGUUGGACAUUCCAGGUCAUGCCCUGGGGCUGGGUGGGUAGGGGCUGCUUGAGUGUGGCCCCACCUCCUGGGACCUGAGCCCAAGCCCUCCCCUGGUGCUGCUGGCAGCAUGUGGGGCAGCUGCCUGCAGCCAGAGCCAGUUUGGAUGUCCCCCCAGACUCCCAGGGAGUCUGUUUAUCUCCACAUGAUGUCCAUCCCCCAUCGCCUGCUGAGUCACCUGUCUGUCCACCCACUCAGCCCAGUUCUAGGCAGUUCCCCAGCACCUCCAGGUUGGCCCACACAGGUGCCAUAAGUUGCCUUGGCUCCCUGUGGCUUGUGCCCAUGCCCCUGCCAGAGCCCAGCAGACUACCCAUCAUCUAGAGUAGUGGCCAUAGCACCUGCCCAGCGGCACCAUGUCAGGCACUUUCAUCAUUAUUUAUAUAUCCUCACCACACCCUCCCUAUUCAUGAGAAGAAAGCUGAGAAAGGCCCAGACUGACCAAGCACCAGAGACAAAAUGUGGCACAACAAGGACCUCAGCCCUGUCCAGGUGGCUCUGUGCCCGGGGCCCAGGCUCAGCAGUGCUCCCUGCCCUAUCUUUGGGAAAAUCUUGCUUUUACCGUCGUCCCCACUCCCGCCCUUAAGAACAAGGGCCUUGUGCGUGGGCCUUCCCAUUGCCACUUUCCCAAGAAGGCCUGUGAGGAUUCAGGGGAGAGGCCUCCCCAGGGCCGCUCCCCCUACACCCGCCCAGAGGCCCGAGCAACCCCUCUCUGGGUGGUUCGGGGCUGGUGCUGCCUGGCGGAAGGACCGUGAGGGAAGCCCUGGCCAACCCCGCCCUCUUGUGCCUCUGCCAGCUCCCGAUCCCCUCGGGGCUUCUGAAAAUCUCAGGGACAGAUGAGGCUGAGCCCCCAGUCCCCUCUGUGUGCUUUGAGCCUCCAGACUCAAGGCUGGUCACUGCGGGUCCCAGGUAGAAUUUGGACAACUGGCCUGGCCGCUCCCCUCCUGUAAGCCCCCACCAAGGGGAGACCCUCAUCCCUGCCCCUGUGUGGCUGCCCAAGUAUUCUGCCUGCCUUCCACCAUCAGCCCUCGCCCAAGAUGCCCUUCCGCCUCUGCUCCCCUCUCUCCUCCUCUGUCUUGCCCUGGCCCACGCACGCCUGUCUCGUCUUCCUUGUUUUGCGCUCACUUUUUUAUACUCUGACAAAAAAAUAAUAAUAAUCAGAAAUAAAGCUGGUUCCCAAGUGC